AUGCCAAAGCAGAUUGUAUUUCUACAUCCAGACCUUGGCAUAGGUGGUGCCGAAAGACUUAUAGUGGAUUCAGCAGUAGCCUUGGAGUCAUGUGGUUAUAAUGUCAGCAUUAUUACAAAUCACCACGACCCUAAACAUUGUUUCGAAGAAACAUUACAGUCAAAUCUGAGUGUUACAGUUGUAGCUGAUUGGUUUCCUCGGUCCAUCUUUGGUUACAUGACAGCUUUAUGUGCGUAUAUUCGCCUCAUCCUUGCAACACUAUAUUUAUUAUUUUAUGAAAAGAAACCAGAUGUAACAUUUGUUGACCAAAUAUCAGCCCCCAUAAUUCUACUACGGGCUUUUGGAUACAAGACGAUAUUUUAUUGUCAUUUUCCAGACUUGCUAUUAACGAAAAAUAAAAAAUUUUUGUUGAAAAAGCUGUACCGAAUACCUAUUGAUUAUAUUGAGCAGAUAUCAACUGGAAUGGCUGAUAUUGUUCUUGUUAACAGUAAAUUCACAUCUAAUAUCUUUAGAGAAACAUUUACUUCACUUAAUCACGUACAACUGCGUAUUUUAUAUCCAAUUGCAAAUGAAAAAAGUUUAUGCUUACCAACAUCAACACAAUUUCAAAGUGAUCAUCAUCUUGAAUACUUGAUCACACAUUGGGAUAAGCUUAUUGAUUCAACCGUUGAAAUAAAACCGGAAAAUGUUCAUUUAAUUAUAGCUGGAGGUUAUGAUCGUCGUGUUAUUGAAAAUGCAGAGUAUUAUACCGAGUUGGUUGGCUUAUCAAAAACGCUGAAAGUUUCAGAAAAUGUCACUUUCAUGUGUUCGUGCUCAUCCGAAAUCAAACCUCUGUUAAUUGCCUCCAGUGAUGCGGUAAUUUACACCCCAGAUAAGGAACAUUUUGGAAUUGUCCCUAUUGAAGCAAUGUCGUUGUCCCGAGCAGUUAUUGCAUUGGAUUCUGGUGGUCCUAAAGAAACUGUUUUGCAUGAUUCUACAGGAUUUCUAUGUACAGUGCACCCAAUAAAACAACUUCCGCAAACUAUGGCUACCUAUCUUAGCAAAUUUGUAAAUGAUCCAGAGCUUGCAGAUCGUUUGGGGAAGGCAGGAUGUGAACGUGUUCGUGAGAAAUUUUCAUCUAUAACUUUUAAAAGAGAAUUGCAAACAGUCGUGACUGAUUUAAUAAAUGAAGACCAAGGAUAG